AUGGAAAUUCCUCCAAAUCGAGCAGUCUUAUUAUUUUUCUUACACUUUUUCGCUUUUGAUGUGAAUUUGAAACCAAGGAAAUGGGGACAUUCUUGAGCAGGGAGACAGACUUUUGUUAGUAAUGGAGCUUUGUCAAUAACUCAGCAAGACAGAUUUUCUCAGAAUUUUACUUUUCAAGCAUCAGGAAUUAGUUUUGGAGGCUGAACUUACCUCUCUUACGCAGUUUCGUACGAAAGUUCUAUAAAAUCUUUAUGAGCGUAUGCAAAUAACAGAGAAAUAAUAACACGAGGAUUCCCAGAUUUACUACUUAGAGAUAUGGUGAAUUCGACUCUUUUUAUAGGAAGAAGCUCAAAGUCGCAUUUUAAAGGGUUUUUAUAUAAGCUUCAAAUAUGAAAGAAUAGCGGAAAUAAACUUGAAGAUCCGGAAAACCUUGAAACUUGUGAAUUUUCUUUACUCCCCCCCCCCUCCCGUGAGUGUGAACAAAACCAUUAGAAAAUCCCUAUUUUUUGCCCAAAAACCCACCCUCCGUGAGUGAACAAAAAUUUUUUUAAUAGAAAAAAUUUUUUAUGGAAAAAAAUUUGAUAUAUAUAAAUGAUAAUUAGUAUAAUGAAAUCUAGAGCUAAUUCUGUUUAAUUUUAAACAAAUUGCUUUUUAAAGCAUAAAUUUUAUAAAUUAAAUUAAUAUUUGCUUUCCAAUUUUUGCAAAUUAGGAUUUUUUUAAAUUUCGAAAAAAAAUAUUUUUUAGAAAAUUUAUAUUUAAAAAAAAAAAAUUAAUCCCCCUCCAUGAGUGAACAAAAUUUUUUUGUUCACUCACGGAGGGGGGGGGGAGUUAGGAGAUUGCUUAUCUCCGUGCAAGAUAAAUGAAUUUUAUUCAGUUGAGCAUGAUAAAUGCAAAAGUUGUCCCAUUUCUUGCAAUAAAGGAUUAUAA